UUUACUGAGUUUGGCAAUAAGGGGUAUCAUGCCACACAAUGCCAUUGUUUCUAGCAAUCUGAUUAAUUACUUUUUAACCUGUAUUACUCUAAUCUCCCUGUGAUUGUCUCCUCAAUGCUACUGUCUCGUGCAGUUUCGUGCUCUGUACUCUUAGGGACGCUGUUGGCCAAUGUGUGGUAGUUGCACUGCAGAUUUCAGCAGCACCUCCCAGAUCAUUUAGAUUUGUGGGAAGCAAGGUCUUUACAGUGUAUAAUCCAAAUAAGUGAGAACACUAUACACGGGCAAAGGAGCUGGAAGUAUUUUUGAUCGACAUUUGUUUGUACGCUUUUUCAUUCUUAGUCCUGCUCUGUGUGGAAUACGAGUAUCUUUUCCGCGGAUUAUUUUCUGAUUUGUUGUGAUGGCGUUGAACGAAACAAUGAGACGGCAAGUACUAUUGUUUCUCUCGAUGCUCUCUCUCUGUUCCGUGCUUGGUCAGGUCAGCUAUUCUAUCCCUGAGGAAAUGUCGAAAGGCUCACUGGUUGGAAACAUCGCACAAGAUUUAGGUUUAGAUUUAAAACGGAUGAAAACGGGAAAAGCUCGCUUACAUGUUGGAAACAGCGCUGAAUACAUCGAGCUGAAUAAAGAAAAGGGGCUCCUUCUCAUAAAGGAGAGAAUCGACAGAGAGGCGUUAUGCAAACAAACGACUCCUUGUGCUUUACAUUUUCAAAUAAUUUUGGAAAACCCUAUCGAGUUUUAUCGCGUUACGGUAGAAAUAACAGAUAUAAACGACAACGCCCCUGCAUUCAAAAUGAAUAGUAUGUUAUUUGAGAUAAGCGAGUCGGCUGUCAGGGGGGCCAAAUUUGUGUUAGAGAAAGCAUUAGAUUCUGAUGUCGGAAUCAAUGGACUGAAGAGCUACUCCCUUAACCCAACGGAUAACUUCGUUUUAAAACUUAACGACAAUGCAGAUGGAGAAAAGGAGGUGGAGAUGGUCUUGGAGAAACCUCUUGAUCGAGAGAAACAAGAGCAUCUGACUCUAACACUAACUGCCGUCGACGGAGGUGAACCUCAGCUAUCAGGGACAGUGCAAAUUCACGUAACAGUAUUAGAUGCGAAUGACAAUGCUCCAGUGUUUACGCAGUCAACUUAUAAAGCUAGUUUAAUGGAAAACUCCCAGAGGGGAACUUCAUUAAUGACCGUAACAGCCACAGACAUAGAUCAAGGUGCAAAUGGUUUAUUAACGUACUCUAUUUCGAGUAACACUGAGGGAAUUUUGGAUUUAUUUGAAAUACACGGUACAAGUGGAGAGGUACGUUUGAUUGGGAAAAUAGAUUAUGAGACAUCAAAACAUUAUCAGCUACAUGUUAAAGCAAGAGAUCAAGGUGGGCUCACUGACUCAUGCAAAAUAUUAUUUGACAUUAUUGAUGUGAAUGACAAUGCUCCAAUAAUAGAUUUGAUGUCAACUACACAGUCUAUACCGGAAGAUUCCAAGUUACAAACAGUCGUUGCUGUGAUGAAUGUGCAUGAUGCUGACUCGGAUAAUAACGGAGUGGUUAAAUGUUUUCUACGUGACAGUGAACCUUUUAUCAUUGAAAACACAUCAAAUGGUUUCUACAGCAUAUUAACAAACACUGAUUUGGACAGAGAGACAGCCUCUGAGUAUAAUAUAACUGUGACCUGCUCUGAUGAGGGAGUCCCCUCCCUCUCUAGCAGUGUCACUCUCACCUUACAGAUCUCUGAUGUUAAUGACAACACUCCUGUCUUUGAGAGGAGCUCAUAUGAGGCCUACAUUGUAGAAAACAACACACCAGGUCUCUCUAUAUUCACAGUGAGAGCCAGAGACGCUGAUUGGAACCAGAAUGCCCGUGUUUCUUACAUACUGGAGGACUCCUCUGUUAGCGGAGUGCCAGUCUCCUCAUAUGUGUCCGUUAGUGCUGAUAGUGGAGUCAUCCAUGCAGUGCGCUCUUUUGACUACGAGCAGAUCAAAGAUUUCCAGUUCCGCGUCAAAGCUCAGGAUGGAGGCUCUCCUCCACUCAGUAGCAACGUGACUGUUAAAAUACUGAUCCAGGACCAGAACGACAACCCUCCUCAGGUUCUGUACCCAGUCCAGACUGGUGGCUCUCUGGUGGCUGAAAUGGUGCCUCGUUCAGCAGAUGUGGGCUAUCUGGUGACUAAAGUGGUGGCUGUUGAUGUGGACUCUGGACAGAAUGCCUGGCUCUCCUAUAAACUGCAGAAAGCCACAGACAGGGCGCUGUUUGAAGUGGGCUUACAGAAUGGAGAAAUAAGAACUAUCCGCCAAGUGACUGAUAAAGAUGCAGUGAAACAAAGACUGACUGUUAUAGUGGAGGACAACGGGCAGCCCUCUCGUUCAGCUACAGUCAUUGUUAACGUGGCGGUGGCGGACAGCUUCCCUGAAGUUCUGUCGGAGUUCACUGACUUUACCCAGGACAAGGAGUACAAUGACAACCUGACUUUUUACUUAGUGUUGGCUCUGGCUGUAGUUUCCUUCCUCUUCAUCACGUGUUUAGUGGUUAUUAUAUCAGUGAAAAUCUACAGAUGGAGACAGUCUCGCAUCAUGUAUCACUCCAAUCUCCCUGUGAUUCCAUAUUAUCCUCCACGUUACUCAGACACUUUGGGGACAGGGACUCUCCAACACGUGUACAAUUACGAGGUGUGCAGGACGACUGACUCCAGAAAGAGUGACUGUAAGUUCGGCAGAGCUGGUAGUCAGAACGUGUUGAUAAUGGACCCCAGUUCUACAGGGACGAUGCAGCGGAUACAGAGUGAAAAGAGCAUCCUGGAUGAACCAGACUCUCCUUUAGAGGUUAGAAAACUUUAACUAUAACUUUUUUAAAUUCUAUUUUCAUGCAAAUCAAUAUCAGAGUAUUGGUGCGUUUAUUUCAUAAGCGGUAGCUUUCAGCAGGAUUCAGGAACGCCUGAGAAGUUUCGUUAACGUUACAGCAUUCAUAUUCAGCACCACGGACAGCGACACACAUGACUAACUCCAGUGAAUGUAUUGUGGGGGGAGGUUUCUGUCUCGGCUCAAUCUCUUUUAUUCAUAUCAACUGUAACUUAAGAAACACUUCAGCAUUGAAAUAUAUUACAAAAACACUUGAACACGGUAUUAUUAAGGUAUUUAUUUUUGGGACAUUAAAGUACAUUAAAUCAACGACCGAAUUUACUAUGGAUUUAGUUCCGCUUGAGCAAUAGUGUGACUUUGCACUGAACUGUACUCUUUGAUAUUAUUUGUUGUAAUUUGUAUUGUCAACUCAGAGGGUCGCUGUUGGCAAGCGAGUUACAUUGUAACUAGAUGUUAUUUUUUCUCUGUGUCCUGCCCCUUCGAGUCGAUACGUUGGACACAAUGAGAGAAAGACAGAAUGCAUAGUCCGUGCUCACAAGGAACACUGCGAAAAAUGGUGUAACUGGAUACAUUGCUUAUCUUUCUACAGUUGGAUUGUGGACGUAUUUUUGUUAUCUUUGCUAUAACUUCGCAUUGACUGCAGUGGGAAUGCUUU